CUCCUCCUGCCUGGGGGUCGUGCUCCGGCCCAGGGGUGUCCAACCUCUCCUCGAGCCCCAUGGCACCUGCCCAGCCCCACCUCGCACGCCUGCGCACCCCUGCGCGCCGGGGCCGGGUGGUGCAGGCCGUGGAGAGACCCGGCCGUUGAUUGGCUGCUGCGCGCUGGGGGCGGGGCGGGUGGGAGAUGCCCGUCCUCUGCGCGGCUCGGGGUCUUUCCCGCCAUGUCGUUCGUGGAGAGCGCGAAGCGCUCCUCUGUGCUGCGCCGUCGCCGCGGCACCCCCGUCCCUUUCGCUCGGCCGAGGUUAUCCGCCUUGACUCAGGGGGACAGUUGGGGUGAAGGUGAAGACGACGAGGAGGGAUACGACCAAGUAGCCCGCGACCUGCGGGCGGAACUGUCCGCGGGGGCGUCGUCGGAGCCUAGAAAGGGCGCGCUGCUCCCGCCGGAGAAGGACGGCUCUCCCGUCCUGCCAGACAAACGCAACGGCUUCUUCUCGGCGGAGGCGCGCAGCCCAGCCCGGGCGCGGCGGUGGCCGGUGCGGGUCCUCUCGAUUCUCUGUGCGCUGCUGUUUGCCGUCCUCCUCGCUUGCCUUCUCGCCAUCGCCUACCAGAUCGUGAAAGACUUACAUGCUGAGAAUUUGAAGAAUGAAGAUGAUGUUGACACGGGGCUAUUAGGAUUCUGGACUCUACUUAUAAUAUCCCUAACUGCUGGGUUCUCCUGCUGCAGCUUUUCUUGGACAGUGACUUACUUUGACUCUUUUGAGCCAGGAAUGUUUCCUCCUACUCCUCUUUCACCUGCCAGGUUCAAGAAACUUACUGGACAUUCUUUCCACAUGGGCUAUAGCAUGGCAAUUUUGAACGGCAUUGUAGCUGCUCUUACUGUUGCAUGGUGCCUCAUGUAAACCUGCACUGAAACAGUAUUCUUGGCAAAGCUUAGUCAUGAUUGCUUUGUAGUACCAGGGAAGAAGAUUAUUGCCUACUCAGAAGACAAGAAACCUGCUGUUCGUUAUGUGAUUCCGAUGUCUGCCAUAUCAUCAUUAUGGAGGAUCUUUUUAAGCAUCGUUCUUCAACCUAGGCACUGGGUUAUCUGAAUAUUAAGUUUCAAGUUGUUUCUUAAAAUUGUAAGAUGUUUACCUUAUCUCUUUUGUGUGUGUUAUUUUUCUAAGCUGUAGAGAGCAUUUUAAUGGAAAUCAAACUGGAAAACUUGAAUACAGCAUAUACCUUCCCAUGUGUAUACUACAUUUUUCCUAAGGAAUGCUGAUAAUACUGUUUGAGAUAGAUAUAUCUUAAUUAUUCAUUAUGUCAGGAAAGCAAACAAUGCCCACUACUUUGACAUUUUAUAGAAGCUACUUUUAAAUCUAAAUAUUUAGUUUUUUUAUAUUCAUAUCAUCAAUAGAAGGUGCGUUUAUAUAUUUUAAUGGUGCAUAGUUUCUUGUGUGUUUUUAUUUACAUAUUUCCUACCACAUUAAAUUUGUAUGUUUUAAAAAUUGUUACAUCUAGACAAAUAUAAAUGUUACUCUUUAGCUGGCGCAAACCUAAUACCUAACGUUUUUAAAUAUGGUUGUUUUUUGUUUUUUUUAAUUGAUUUUAGAGAGAGUGGAAGGUAGAGGGAGAGAUAGAAGCAUCAAUGAGACAGAAACAUCAAAAUUGAAGAGCUUGCUUCCUGCAUGCCCCCUAAUGCAGAUUGAGCCAGCAAACCUGGGCAUGUGCCCUGACCAGAAAUCAAACCUGUGACCUCUUGGUACAUGGGUCUGUACUCAACCACUGAGCCACACCAGGCAUAAAGUAUUUUGUCUUUAAGCAAAAAAAAAAAAAGGAUAUUGACCUUAGUUUAAAAUUAAGUAAACUCAUUUUUAACAAAAAGUCUGAAAAAAGGUAACUUACACAAGCCAUUAAAUAGUGAGAAAUUUGAAGCUAUUCACUUUGUUUCCACAAUUUCAAAUAUUUAUCCUGGUGUAUAUAUGGUUACUUGAACAGAACUGAUUUAUUUUGUUUUUAAUAAAUAUUAACCCUUGCUAGCAAGCACUAACAACUAGCGGAACUUUAAAUGAUACAUUUUAUAUCAUUGUACCUAAUAAAAACUUUUAAAAAAUAAAUAUUAACCUAGCAUUUUUAUAUUAGAAAUUCUUGAACUAGUUGGUUUUUUAUCUCAAAAAAAUUUAGUCACCAAAAUAGAAAAGGUAUUUUGAUACAGUGUAUGUAUAUGUAUAAUUUUCUAUAUAUACUUUUAUAAUUUUCCUAUUUAAAUGUUCUAUAAUUGUUUUUGUUUGUAUAGUAAUUAAGUCUUAAUUGUUCCCACUUCCUUUCUAAAUAUCUGUUUAGAAAGUCAUUUCAAUUUUUAAAAGAUGAACUAUUUAAAAUGCUGUUUUCCCUACCCAUAGAAAAACUUAUAUUUAGGAAAGCAUUGUAGAGUAAGUAAAACUGGUUAUUCAGACUAAAUGUGAAGUGAAUGUGUGUGGUCUUGUUUCGGUUAUCUGCUGAGUUUUGUUACUGAAUAAAUGAUUUAAUGUUGUUUCUAAAA